AUGGCUACCGACACAAUCAGAGACUUGCGCCACUUGAAAAGCAGUCUUAUAGGCGAUGAUCUCGCGAAAUGGAGAUUUUUGAAGGACCCUGGAGAGGCGAUGGUGGCUAGAAUCAUAGAUACGGCUUUGGGCCCGCAAAACAAGGGCGCCUCUUCAAACGAAUCUGAAAAUUUAAGGUCUGAAGCGUUCGAUUUGAUACUGAUGCUGGUGAAUUUGGGGGGAAACGAAAAGCAAGGGUUGGGUGACACCUACAACGCUAUGGUUCAGCUUAUUCUAUCCAAAAUACGGUUUUCGAAAGUCGACUCUUAUCUUACAGCAUUGCGGAAAGCGCAGCUUAUGAAUUUAUGUCUGGAGAACGUUCACACCAGUCUCCCCGGUUUAUUGGAUCUGCACGCCGCUGUACGAGCGACUUUUGUUCGCUAUGUGCACGAAAGAGUCCACAAUCGCGGCUCGCCGUUCUAUGACACUAUUAUUGCGGAGCUGCUCUGUUGCAUCUCAAGACAGGAGGCCCUGGAGGCCGACACAGACGUUUUUUUGGCGACUUACGCGCUAUUGCAGAAAAUGUCCGAAAAAUACCAGCAUCAGCUCCAUUUUCGGUAUAUGGUGGCUGAAAGGAGACUGGAUCAAGAUUCACAACAGUACAGCCUAUACGAUUUCGCUCAAUCUCAGCGUUCAUUCACGAAGUCACCGUAUGGCUGUCCGGACCCCGUUGAACCUCGUAGUGCCACAGAUGUAUCGCUAUUCUGCCUUUCGCUCAACAUUUACCUCGACCUCCGCGGCGCUAUGGAUCUUUCAGUGGCGAAUGGUGCUAAUUUGAAAGAAAGUAAAAGUUUCCAGCUCUUGCUGAUGAGUUUUCUGAAGAGCCAUAAUAUGGCACUGCGAUGCUCUGCACUCAAAUUCAUGGCAGACGGCUACUUGCAUGGCUCAAGCGACACGAAUAGUGUAGAAACCGAAGGCCUGUUUCUAUGGUUGCCACACCUAUGCGAGUGUCUCAACUAUGAAAGUCUCCCGUGGUGGUUUGAUGCGAUAGAUACUUUAACCGACCUCGUAAAUUGGUGCAACGAGCACCAUCCUCUGAAUAACCCCAUUUCGAAUUUCCUGCUGGAAACGAAUCUCAUGAACUCAAUUGUGCAUAUGCUAGCCCAAUGCCUUGCUUUGUACAGACGCGACCACGACACUUUAGGAACUAUGGGAAAACUAAUUAAGCUAUGUGCGGCAUUGACAAGCUUUAGCGAAACCACAAGAAGGCGGCUUUUCACCAACAAGGCCCUGUUACAGCAUGCAGAAACAGGGCUGGACCUACAUUUGCAAUUACUCGAUUGUUUCAUUGCCCAGAAGAGCACUGUAUCGUUUGACUUGCAGAAAAAAGACCUCCAGCCGCUUUACGAUACGGAAUGCACUUUUUCGUGGGUGUUACUUCUCAAGUCUUUCUCUCGAAGCGUCACUGCUUUACGAACGUUUUUGAAGCGUAAUAGGCUUGCUGAACUGCUUUUGAAUUUGGUAAAGCGGACUUGUGUUCUGAGCGAAGACCCCCAAUUUCGCGGAAGCGCUUUAUUGAAUGGAGAAAUUAAGAUAAUGAGCGCUGCUCUCGGCACGCUCUCUAACUUUGUGGUUGAGUUUUCCAACUUGCAAUCUCACAUUGUAGAAAACGGCAUAAUCGAGGUAGUUGGCAAGAUCUUGAAAAGUUCUUUGUUCAACGAAAAUGCAAACGCUGAAAUCGGAGCUGCUGGAAGAGAUUCAUGCCCAAGCAGAAUUCAAGAUGUGCAGAAAAAUGCACUUUGGGUACUGCGACAUUUGAUGUAUAACUCACACAACGAAGAGAAGCUGGAGUUGAUAUCGAUAAUUCCCAUGGAGACCAUUCUGCAAUUUGUCAAUAACAGCAACUGGCUGGUCCAAGAGCAGUGCUUCCAAUUAUUAAGAAACUUGACGUGCAACUCUCGCAAAAUGGUUAACAUACUACUUGAGAACUUUGACGACUCCGAAAACUCUGGAGGCUUGCAAGCUCAUUCGGGCGGAGCGCGAUCCACCUACCUCUUCGAAUUUCUUGCACACAAGCUUAAAAUGUUGGACCCCGAGGAUGCGAGCCAGGCGAAGACACUUGAAGGCGUCCUUUACAUCAUAGUGAACAUCACUGCGAUCAACGAAAACAAGCGCCAGAUGGUGAUUGACCAAGACGACAUUUUGCUGUUCAUCAAACAAGUUUUGAGUUCUGUGGGUGGUGGCUAUCAUAGGGCAGAUAUUGAGGUUGCCUGUCUGUGGAUACUUACCAACUUGAUAUGGGCAUCGACGACUUCUAACUUCCUCAUAAGUGCUACUCAGCCUCAUCCGGUCUCAGAGCAGACCGCUUCCCAUGCAUCAGGGUCCUCCUCCUUAUUGCGGCACAAUGCUCAGACGGAUGACAAGGAUCUUUCUCGUGAACCCCGUCGCGAUAGGAACGACAACGACGAUCAGGACGAGCCGAUGAGAGACAAUGUUCACGAUGAGCUUAGCAAUGGUUUUUCUCAAGACGGUGAAGAAAGCCUACAAGAGCACGAACACGAGCAAGGAGCGGAGCAAGGACAAGUACAAGUACGACGCAGCCAGAAUGAAAUUAUGGAUGACGGCAAUGACGAUGACGACGACGAUGAUGAUGAUGAUGAAGACGACGACCACGAGGAGGAAGAAGACGAAGACCGCAUUUCAGAGGACGAAGAUGACGAAGAUGAUUCCUCUUCUCAGCGUGCACUUGAUCCAACGGUUCGCACCGCUUUUGAGCUUACCAGGCCCAAAAACUUCGGUUUGCCCGCCAAACUGCGAAUUUUCGCUGCUCAGAGAUGUGCUAAACUUGUUCAAAUGGGGCUUUACGAUGUUGUUAAAACCAGCACGAUUGCUGGUGACAUGGCGGUUCGUGAUCAAGCAAAGCUCUUACUAUUCCACAUGGACUUGUUGCGCAGAGGCAUCUGA